CGCGGGUCCCGUCUCCUAGGUGACCAUUUCAAACAGUAAAAGCCAAAACAAAGACGAGCUCUUCGUUUUUCCCUCACUAAAACACAAACUAUAUUAGCAACUUUCUUCUCUCCUGUUCGAAAUGGGCGACAAAAAGCGUCCUAAGCGAAUUUUUGUGAACGGCGUGGACAAAUAUUCCUCCAAAAACAUCGCCGAGUAUUUAUCCACCUGCGGAGAGAGAGUGGAAGAUGUCGACGAUGAUGAGGAUUUUCCUCUCCCGCAAUCAGAGGAACCUGCCUUCCUGGUGGUCGGCUCGGUGUCCUCCGCCUCCAUUGAGAAACCCAAUUAUUUGUUGGAGCAAUACUCGUCGCUAAGCAGAGAGGAGCUUCUUCCACGUCUACUAGAGUGCGACGUGGUGGUGUACAACAUCUCAGAGAAUGCAACACUAAAUGAAAUUGAAGAGGCAACAUGGGCAGUCACAGCCAUUCAUGGGGAAAUGGAGCAUUUCAAGUCGAAGAAAAUGUUCAUUCUAAUCUCAACGGUGAUGACGUGGGCCAUGACCAAACCACAGGACUCGGAAGAACCGGAUUUGUUGGUGACAGAGGAAGAGUUCCGUAAAAGACGACCUCAUCCUAGUUUCAAACACCACAACAAUAUGGAGAAACAUGUGCUUAAACUGGGAGCAGGGAAAAAAAACAAGUUGAAGGGUUAUGUCCUGGCUGCUGGUCUACAAUAUGGGAAGGGAGAGAAUCUCUUUCACUACUUUUUCAAGGUGUCUUGGCUUUCUGAGUGUUCAAAAGUUCCCUUAUUUGGAGAGGGCACAAAUUACAUCCCCACCAUCCACGUGUUGGACCUUGCGCAAGUGAUACAAAAUUUGAUUGAAAUCAAACCCAAGUCGAAGUACAUUCUUGCUAUUGAUGACUCCAAAAACACACUGGAGGACAUUGUAAAGGCCAUCAGUGAAGUGCUCGGACCAGGAAAAAUAAAUAAAUUGCCAAAUAAGGAAGCAGUCACCAUGAAGGCCUUCAAGCCAGAAGAACUCGAGUAUCUCAGCCUUAACCUUCGCUUGGAUGCUUUUGUUGUCAAAGACUCGUUUGGCUUCCCCUGGAUAGCAGAAAGUGGCAUGGUUGAAAAUAUAGAGCUCCUUGUGAACGAAUACAGACACACCAGGAAAUUACUUCCAAUCAGAAUCUGCCUUACCGGACCUCCAGCUGUGGGUAAAAAUACAGUCGCUGAAAAGCUAUGUGAGCAUUACCGGAUACAUCACAUCAACAUUCGAAAGCUCAUUGAAGAAAAGAUGAACGAGCUGACAGAAAUAAUGGAAAGAAGUGACCUUGAUGUCAGUGACGCGGAAACGGCACAGGGCCAAUUGGAAAAUAUUAAAACAAGCAUGGACAAGAAUGCAGGUCGACUGGAGGAUGAUCUACUUUUAGACAUGUUGACCGAGAAGCUGAAUUCCAAGCCAUGUAGGAACCAAGGUUAUGUUUUCUAUGGCUUCCCGAGGACCUAUGAGCAAGCAGAGCUGAUGUUUAGUGGUGAGGAUACAGAAAGCGACGGGCCCAACAAAACCCCCCCACACAACAGCAUCACACCAGAAUUUGUGUUUGCCCUGGAAGCAACCGAUGAGUUCCUGACUAAAAAAGUACAAGCGCUUCCUGAGAGCGUGGCCCAAAAAAGGGGGCUCACCCAGGACGAGUUUAUCCCUCGGCUGGCGAGAUUCAGACAACUGAUCCGGGCUGCGGAAACUUCUCUCGACUACUUUGAUGAGCUGGAAAUAUACCCGACAUACAUAGAAGUCAAUCGGGACGAUCCCGACUUCACGGACAUUGUGAACAAAAUCCUCGAAGGGGUGGGGACUCCCAAGAACUAUGGCCUCAGUCCUGAAGAGCAGGAGGAGGAGGACAGGAGGCGAGAAAAUGAGAGGAAGCAGAAACUGGCCGAGGAGGCAGCCGAAAGAAAACGCAAAAAGGAGGCCUCGCUAGCUGAAAUUGCAGAGCAGUAUGAAGCAUGGCAAAAUAAUCUGGCAGAGGUAGAGAGGCAGGAACAUGAGCUUCUGGAGGCCCAAGCUCUCCCGCUGAGGAACUACUUGAUGAAGUAUGUGAUGCCUUCCCUUACUGAAGCCUUGCAAGAAUGCUCCAAGAUCAAACCAGAUGACCCUGUCAGCUUUUUGGCUGAAUAUCUUCUCCGGAUGGACAAGAAAUGAUAUUACAACCUUGUUUCAGCUUCAGAAACUGUGGUAUGACCAAUUGGAGCCAUCACUGACGUAAAAGGGAGUCCACAGUCAUUUUCAUCGUUUCAUCUCCGAAAAGUGGACAAGAAUUUGCAUGCAUCAGCAUUUGCAAAGUAUCCAAAGGAUUUCUCAAAGCAUAUUGUUCCUUCAUAGGAUAUUCCAUGAGAGUUUACCGGCAAACAUUGUGUUCUUCUACCGUACAUUGACGUCCCGUGAAGAAGUUGCACUGUUUUUUUUAAAGUGGGCAUGUGGUCCAGAUGCUGUUCCUGCGAUCGUGGAGCCCACCUAGGAAAAUAUCAAGGUUGGACGCAUGUGCAGGCAGCUUGAGGAACAUUCCAUACGACUUUAAACCUCACUAAAAGAUCAUCUAGAACAGGGGUGUCAAACUCAUUGUAGAUCGGGGGCCACAUGGAGAGAAAUCUACUCCCAAGUGGGCCGGACUGGUAAAAUCACAGCACGAUAACUUAAAAAUAAAGACAACUUCAGAUUGUUUUCUUUGUUUAAAAAUAGAACAAGCAUUUUCGGAAAUUGUACAAAUCAUAAUGUUUUUGGGGUUA